GGCUGAGGGAGAGGAGGAUGAGGAAGAGUGAGCAAGAGGACGCACGCACGCACGCACGCUGCUCGUCCUCGUCGGACGCAAAACAUAGGUAUUCUCUCCCGGCAUGCCAACUCGAAGCACGUCGACCUGCGGGGAAUUUCUCUCCCAUCACGCAACGCAGCGACCCGAGCCCUGCCGCGAAUAACGCCAAUCCGCAAAUAAUGGACUCAGCGCAAGCACCACUUUAUACUUUUUCCAGAUGAAGACCGUUGCCCGUCUUCCUGACCUUCCUCCUCACAUCCUCCGUCCAAGCUCAGUCUGACGGUGUGCAGCAACAACAGCGCCCCCUGGAGGAAGGCCCUCCAGUCCAUCAGGGUCUUAGAGUCCCUUUGCGUGGACCCCCCCCCGUAGAAGAAGGAGGUGGCGAAUGCGAUGUCGGCCCCGGGGGAUUUCACUUCCCUCAGCCCAGCGUCUCCGUUCGCGCUCCUGCCUCCGCCCGCCACGGUGGGCUUCCUCAAGUUGUCUCGUCCGUGCUGCUACGCCUUCCCCGCGGGCCGCGGCGACUGCGCCUUCUUCGCCGUCAACGGCUUCACGGUGCUGCUGGACGGCGGCUCGGACCCGCGGGCUUGCUUCUGGAAGUUGGUACGCCACCUGGACCGCGUGGACGCCCUGCUGCUGACCCACGCCGCCGCAGACAACCUGGGCGGCAUCAACGGUUUCCUGGAGAGGAAGGUGGCCGAGACGGAGUUAGACACGCUGAGGGAGGACGGGUCCGAGAGGCUCAUCUCCCCGGAGCUCGGGGUGGUCUUCUUUAACCCCCCUGGCAGGCUUCAGGUGGAACGGCAGCCUUGUGUGGACAAUGGAGUGAGGGAUACAGACCAGGCUGCUCUAACUGUACGCUUGUUAAAGAAGUUAAACAUCCAACCCCAGCCAAUGUUUCGACCGUCGAUGGUCCCCCCCGAGCCAAUCACCUUGUUCCAAAAGAUGGGCGUGGGACAGCUGGACUUUUACAUCCUCAGCCCAGCCAAAAACAGCCAGGAGUACCAGACGUUCAUGCGAGAAUUGCCCGACGCCGCGUCCCCACAAGGGCCCUCCCUCGCCGCGCUGGCCUCGGCGUCCGCGCUCCUCGUGUGGCACCCGGCGUGCCCCCGGGAGAAGGUGGUCCGGGUUCUGUUCCCCGGCGUCACUCCGCAGGCCAAGCUGCUGCGGGGCCUGGAGAAGGUCAAGAGCCUGGCCUUCCUCCGGAAACCCACAGUGACCACCGGGGACCUGGAGAGGAUGAUGGGGGUAGGCGGGACCAAAAGAGCCGAGAGCCAGGACAGCGUUCGCGCUCAAGCGAAGGCGGUGGCCACCAAACCGGGGAAAGAGGCAAAGGACAAGGGUAAACUAUUAGUCAUAGACGAGAAUGGCUCCAAGAAAGCUAGCGUGAAGGAUGCUAAAAAGAACGGAAAGGCAAGUUGCAAGGAGGAAGAUGUCCUAUUGAGGAAGAAGGAGAGCCCCGUGUCCAGACCAAAGAACGACAACAGAAUUAAGCUAAAAAAAGACACCAAAAAGGACUCCAAAACGUGGCCCAAAAAGACAAAGAAGACACCCGGUAAGGACGGCAAGAACGUAGACUUGCAACUUAGCAAGGCCACAAGGCCGGACGAUGAGGUCACACUCAAGCCGGAGGAGAAAGAGCCCCCCUGUGCCUCCAAAACAUCUACCCCCGAGGAUAUGACUGCUGAGUUCCUCCAACUUCAGGAGGAGAUGGAAAAAGAAGAGGCAGAUGCAGCAGAUGAUGGACAAAAGACAGGUGCCGACCCAGAGAAGGGGGCCACGGAAAGGCCGGGAGAAGGUGCAGACUCUGCGGACCAGCUCGGAGUUACUAGGAAACCAGCAAAAGCGGUAGGCUUCCCGUCCCCGUCGAAGCAGACGCCCAAGGACGAGGCGAGCGUUGAGUCGGACUUGACCCCGACUGAGUACACCCUCCUGGACGGGGCUUUGAGAAGCAGUCCACCCUCGCGAUCCUCCCCGGAUAACCAGGCCACGUCGGAGGAGAGGACCUCCCCGGAUUCCAGGCCCAACAGCGCAGGCCACACUCCUUACUGUCUGUCUCCGGAGGACGUGCGGCGCAACGGAGACGCCCUCGGCAGGCUGCAGUCGCGGGAACCGGCAGAAGUCGCCCAACUCGAUGUUUCAUCCGGGCCGGCCCAAACCGACCCCAGAGAGAAACACCUGACUUUCCUCUCUCUGAGCACCUCGAAGGACAGGGCCUCUGACAUGUCCCCCUCCGUGGCCAACACCACCACCUCAACGCACUCCCUGCCGGCAGAGGUGAGCUCGCCUCAAUCCACCGAAGUGGAUGAGUCGCUGUCCAUGUCGUUGGAGCACGGGCCCGCCUCGGGGAGUCAGCGGGAGGCGGACGACGACGGCCGUCAUCCCAACGGAGGCCAUUCGGCCGGGUCGUCCAAGAAGCCCUUCAGGUCUGUGGCGUCGGAAACGGGGCGGCCUCCGGUGCCCGGCACCCUGCACUUUGAGACGCCGACUCACGACGUGGACCUAUGUCUGGUUUCCCCUUGCGAGUUCAAGCAUUUCAAGCCGCCAGACUUCGGCAACCACAAGGCCGCGACACCCAGCGACUCAAACGCCCCCGUCUUCACGGAGGAGUGCCCGUCCACCACGGCCGACGGAGUCCUGGACUCCGACGAGGACGGGUCCUGCGGCAUUCCGACACACCUCCACGGCAGUCAGGCUCUGCCCCGGGACCCGCUUCCCACCCGACUCAGGGAUAGCCCGCCGCUGCCUCCGCAUCCCGACACGACCAUGCCCGUACCGCAGUCGGACGCUGGCGCUCAUGGAAAGAAAGUAAAAACGAGCGGUGUGCGAGGGAAAAUAUCUGGGGUGACGGCUGCCUCCCCGAAGCUGAGCCCGGGGGAAAUCCGGACGGGAAGCGCCGUGGCGAAAGCUAAAAAGGGCGCGUCGUCGUCACGUCCGUCCAAUACUCACCCGGCAAAAUCGGCACCGAGCGAGUCCCGUCGUCCCUCCUCCUCCGAGGACGCCAGCGUCUUCGUGGACCUGGCCUACGUCCCCUCCGGAGCGUCGUCGUCCACCGUGGGCGUGGAUUUCUUCAAGAGCGUCCGCUCGUCCUGCUACGUUGUCAGCGGCGACUGCCCCGAGAGGGAGAAGCUCAUGCGGCAGACGCUGGACGCGCUGCUCCGCGCCAAGACGGGCUGGGAGCACGCCGCGCAGGUGACGCUGAUCCCCACCUUCGAGUCGCCGUCCAUGCAGGACUGGUACCAGCAGACGGCGGAGCGCCAGAGGGAGCUGGGCGUCCUGGUCCUGGGCUCCAACAGCACCGUGGCCAUGCAGGACGACACCUUCCCGGCCUGCAAGAUCCAGUUCUGAAUGGACGACGGCCGCCAUGGUCAUCUCUGGUGUUUUUUGUUUUGUUUUUUUUGUUUGUUUUUAUUUCGAAGUCGCUUUUUCACAGCAAAGAAAAUAAUGGCGUCGAAGAAAUGUGAUUUGAUGUUCAAGGGCAUCAUGUAUGUGCAUGUUUUUGCCAGUAACUUGACUCGUGACGUUGCUUAUACACUGCGUACAUUUGUGGCCUAAAUCUGGAGAUCAAUUCAUCGGUUCACGCUUCUUCGCAGGUUAGUGUACUUGAAAAUGCCACUCUGUUGUAAAAUUAAAACAAAUAUUAAAGAACAAAAGUAUUGUAAAACAGUCAAAUCUUCUGGUUGUAAUUGAUACCUUUGUUGUCAGCAUUAAUGGACCAAAAAUCAAAGUUAUUCGAUUAUAUUUAAUCUAAAA